GGAUGUAUCUAAAUCAUUUAUUGACUUGGUCAAUUUGACUACUAUUACAUUUUGCUGAUACCUACCUUAAAAAAAUUUAUAUAAGUCGGAUAAUUACGACGGUCUAUUAUAUUAUAAGAUAAUAUUAUGAUUGUUUUGACUUUUGAAUGCCACGAAUUACAAUUCAAUUCAGUUUAGAGAUAAAAUUCCAAAUAUCAAAUCACGUAUACCUUUAAUAAUUGCGUAGUUAUUUUCUUAGAGUGUUAUCGUAAUUUGUGAUCGUUUACUACAGUAGUACAAUACCACAUUAUUAUUGAGUUUGAAUUUUUUUUGUAUUACUCUGUUCCACAUUAAAAUGUCAUCAAUGGCUAUCAAAUUCAGAUAUCAAUAAAUAUUAAAUACUACUCAGAUAGUGCUCGAGAAUCUUGUUCGGUGUUCUAUAAAAAAAAAAUUGUUACGAAUUUAAGAUCAAAUAAUUUUGUUACAAGAAUACAAGAUUCAAAUCUACCAAUACAUUUAUCAUGACAUCAACAAUUACAUUGGAGGAUAACAUAUUAAUGUUACAACAAUAUGUUGAAUAUUUUCCAGACUUCCCUAAACCAGGAAUCUUAUAUAAGGAUGUAUUAUCAUUGUUAAGCCACAGUGAUGGAAUAAAAUUGUUGGAGAAAAUAUUGAAACAAAUUUCUGAUCAACUGCGUGGUAAAGUUGACUGUAUAGCGAUGUUGGAGACUCGUGGUUUUAUUUUUGCUCCAAUACUUGCUUUACAACUCAAUGUACCAUGCAUACCUGUUAGUAAAAAAGGAAAUUUACCAGGUCCUGUCAUUGAAAUGUCAUAUAUUUUGGAAUAUGGAGAAGAUAUUUUGACAGUACAAUUAAACAGUAUUACAAAAGGACAGAAGAUAUUCAUAGUGGAUGAUUUCCUUGCAACUGGUGGUACAUUAGAAGCCGCUUCAAAGUUAAUAGAAAAAGCAGGUGGCGAAAUUGUACAAGGAUUGGUAUUGAUGGAAAAAUUAGAAUUAGAAGGACGUAAAAGAUUAAAUUUUCCAAUGAUAUCAUUAAUGUCUGAAUAAUUUUUGGAAACAAACUGUUUUUUUUUAUAUAUUUUACUAUGUGUAAUAAAUAAUUUAAUAACCAUAUCUUAUAGAUAUUAUUAUUAAAAUCAUUUUUAUUUACAAAAAAAAAUUGUACCUUUUGCAUAAACACAAUAUUAUAUAAAUAUUCCAUAAUAUAGUUGUUAAAUAAAAGUGUAAUUGAGUUUUCCAAAAUA